AUGCCAGACUCUCCUAAAACCCAUUUGACUCAGGCCAAUGAGAUUCUAGAACGAGUUCCACUCAUCGAUGGACAUAAUGAUUGGCCAAAUUUUGUGUACGGCUAUUAUAGCAACAAGCUAGAUCACCGAUUUGAGGAACAGAAAGACCUUGCCGGGCAUGUGGACAUCAAAAGACUCCGCAAAGGGAAAUGUGGAGGGGUUUUCUGGAGCGCAUAUGUUGAUUGUCCUUCCCGUGAAAAUGACUUUGGAGAUGCGAAUCACCACGAAGCAAUUCGUGAGACGUACCAACAGAUCGACCUGAUCCACCGGCUUGUCGAACUCUACAGCCACUCUCUGGAGCUUGUAAGCCGAGCAAGCGAUAUCGUUGACAUCUUCAAGCGUGGCAAAAUAGCGAGCAUGAUUGGUGUUGAAGGUCUACACCAGAUUGGAAACCAGGCCAGCAACUUGAGAAAUUACCAUCGACUUGGUGUUAAGUAUGUCACUCUGACUCACAACAGUCACAACUUGUACGCUGAUUGUGCUAUUAAAACGUCUGUGCAUGAUGGGCUAUCUGAAGAAGGAAAAAGAAUGAUUUUGGAAAUGAAUCGCGUUGGACUUUUAAUUGACUUAUCCCAUGCUAGUGACUUGGUUGCACUUCAAACGAUGGAAAUAACAAAGGCGCCAGUUGCUUUUACACAUUCCUCUUGCGCCGCUCUUGUUCCACAUCCGAGAUGUGCUAAUGAUGCUUCGCUAGAGCAAUUGAAAGAGAAUCGUGGCAUCAUUAUGAUAAGUUUCAUACCCGCUCAUAACAACUGCGAUCCUUCAUCGGCCAGUAUCAGCGAUGUAGUUGAUCACAUCUUACAUGUUGCCGAUCAAAUUGGGUUUGAUCAUAUCGGGAUCGGUUCUGAUUUUGAUGGAAUGGAGAGAUCAGUGAAAGGCCUUGAAGACGUUUCGAAGUUUCCGGAUCUUGUUGCUUGUAUGCUACAAAGAGGUAUUGACCACGAGAAUAUUGAACUUAUUCUGUGUUGGAACAUUGUUCGCGUACUCAAAGAGGUAGAAUAUUCGGCAGCUCGUCUGGCAUCAGAACCAGUACUGGAAGACGAGGUGAAGUCACUUUGGAAUAUGGAAUUCAAGAACAUGGUUGGGUCCCUAUUUCCUGGAACGGAGAAUUGA